AUGACUUCAGGGUCAUUCUCACGGCCAGAAGCGCCUUCGCCCUCUGCCUCGUUCUACGACCUCUCGGACGACGAAGAAGGAGGCUACAACACAAUCACUCAUGCCACUACCACAAAGGGCGUGAAACUGCUCUUCUCCAAAAGCAAGGUCUAUGUCCACCCUACGCCCUCGGCCAAGGACAAUAUUCCCGGCUUCAUCGCCCUAGUCCAGCAGAAGUCCCCGCCUCUCUCUGACGACGACCAACGUCCCACUUCCGCCGAUUCCUCAUCAAAGAAGAAAACAAACGCGUCCUCAUAUCUAUUGGCCUGGGUCCCUGAGGCCUCUCUGGCGCAAGAUGACCUGAGCACUUAUGUGAAGGUGGACAUGAAGGACGGCGAAUCUCCUCCUCGACAAAAUUACUUGGUCCCUCCUCUCCCUCUUGCGACCACCUUUGACGAGUCGCCAGUUGGACCGUAUGCGUUCUCGCUACCCCUCUCCAGCAUAUACUCCAUCCACGUCCGCCCGCCAAGUCUAGGCUGGUGGUAUGGCAGCGUAGUCAUCAACACUCGCGCCGGCUCCAGCUUACCUGCGCUGUUCUUCCACGACUCGGAGUGUGAAAGCACGAUCCUGCAAAAGAGAAAAAGAGCGCGAGAAUCGUUUGAUCCCUUUGGGGAAACAGGCGAGCUGUUUUGGGGCGGUGAUGAGGUGCUUAGAUGGCUGAAAAGAUAUGUUACCGUGGAAAGAAGCACUGCAGAACCGUCGAUAUACCUCAUUGAUCCUUCUGAGGAAGAUCGUGUGGGCUUCGGUCAAGGACGAAAGUCGCUUGAACAAGCAAGACGCAAGAGUGAAGCAUCCACAUCCAAGAAGCCUACCCAGAAGAAACCACCUGGACCGGGAAUGGAUCCUUUCACAAAGGCCCUUAAAGAAACUAGAUGGAAGAUUUUGGAGCAACUGUCCAAAGUUACAACGUUUACUCGACGGACUGCAGAAGACCUUGCUAAUAACAAGAAUCUCCCUCCUCAAGUGCGACGCCUCAUUCAAAACCCCGAGAUUCAAACCCUGCAGGAUGAAUUCGACAGUGCCAAGUUAUACCUGGCACGAUGGGCUAUGAGCAUCGCAGAACAAAGCGAGCGUGAGAGGAGACAGAGAAUUUGGACGGCACGAGAUGUGCUGGACUCCGAGGAGACCAGCGUCGGAGACUUUGAGAUUCUGGACAUGGAGGCCGCACGGAUGACGCUGGCCGAUAGUAAGAGGCGCCCCGUCGACUGGAAAGAGUGGAAAUCCUUUUUUGAUUCAAAAGGUAAAUUACACGUUAUGGUUGAUGAGGUCAAGGAACGUAUCUUCCGCGGCGGUCUGGAUCCCGAGGACGGUGUGAGGAAAGAAGCAUGGCCCUUUCUAUUAGGCUUGUAUGAGUGGGACAGUACAGAGGAGCAACGGCAAGCUCUCAUGAACAAGAAACGAGAUGAAUACGUUCAACUGAAAGGCGCUUGGUGGGAUAGAAUGAUCGAUGGCGAUGCUACCCCCGAGCAGGACGAAUGGUGGAAAGAGCAGAAAGUCCGGAUUGAAAAAGAUGUGCACCGCACAGACCGGCACAUCCCCCUCUUCGCAGGCGAAGAUAUUCCUCACCCAGACCCGACCUCACCGUUCUUCAACCCCAAUGGACCCGGCACAAACGUGCAUAUGGAACAGUUAAAAGACAUGCUCCUGACCUAUCUGGAGUACGAUACACCUCCCUCCUCUGCCGCUGCAAGCACCCAAAAAGCAUCUCCCUCGUCACAACCACGACGCUACCAAACCCAAAACCCCCAUCCCCAAAAUCUGGGCUACGUACAAGGCAUGUCCGACCUCCUUUCGCCCCUUUACGCAGUCUUCCAAGACGAUGCCGUCGCCUUCUGGGCUUUCGUCCAGUUCAUGCGCCGGAUGUCACGCAAUUUCGUCCGCUCACAAUUGGGAAUGCGCGCCCAGCUCAACACCCUCGACCAGUUGGUCCAACUCCUCGAUCCGAAAUUAUACCUCCACCUUCAAUCCGCAGAUUCUACGAAUUUCUUUUUCUUCUUUAGAAUGUUGCUCGUCUGGUUUAAGAGGGAGUUUGAAUGGUCCGACACUUUGAGGCUUUGGGAGUCACUAUGGACGGACUAUUAUUCCUCUCAGUUUCACCUGUUCAUUGCAAUGGCAAUCCUCGAAAAGCACCGUGAUGUUAUUAUGGACCAUUUGAAGCAUUUUGACGAAGUGUUAAAGUACAUUAACGAGUUGAGCGGGACGAUUGAACUCCAGGAUAUUUUAUGGAGGGCAGAGGGAUUAUUCAAGAGAUUCGAGAGGACGGUUGGGGCCAUUGAUCGCAAGGACGCUUUCCCGCCACCGAAUGCUGGCAGCGGUGACGUACAACUGAGACAGAGGAUACCAGGCGCAUCGGCCAGUGCUGGGGAGCAGAACCCUCUAUCCACUACAGCUACAGGCUCCGCGUCCAACUCAUCAAAACGGCCAGGCCAAGUACAAACCUCACCCACAAGCCCUGCCAGACAGGGAGCUCAGCAAGCGAAAGGCAAAGACGUCGAAAAGGCCAGAGUCAUCACGCCAGAACUGCGACUCCUACUAAGUCGAAAGAUCAUCACGCUAGAUGGCGAGGAUGGGUCAAGAGACGGGGAGAGGACGAGGGCGAGUGGGCUGAAAGACUGA